UUCCCAUAAUGCUUCACUGUGAUCGCCAGCUGACAAGUGCUGUUCUUGAAGUGCAGCUCACGCGCGGAGAGAGAAGUGGGUCCAGGAAAGUAUCUACAACCAGGGAUUUUUAUUUAUAUUUUUUAACCCGUUUACAAAUGUACUAAUAUAAAUGUGGAAUUUUUCAAACAUAUAGUUUGGCGUUUUAGGGUACUAGCAGAUGGGGUCUUGACGAGAUGUUGGGUGGGACUCACUGUUGAAUUUGACGUUUCUAAAGCCCCCCACUCCUUCCCGUUUGGUUGCUAUGGAGCAACCACCGGGGGAUUCCGAUGAUUUACAGCCCCAAGACCUCUCCUCCACCCGUAGCCUCCCUGCUGCGAUAGACCUGACCAGAAAAGGUGAGGAUUGCCUCGUAAAAGCCAACUCCAUGGAGCCCCUACAGGUGGUCAAGCCUCCAAGCUGGUACCCAGGCUCUGGAUCCAGCAAGGGACUCUCCUUCCCAGAAACUGACCCCGACCACAGGCUUCAACCAGGAGACCAGAUCCAGCCGGACAAUGCCUUCUCCAACACUACAGUCACACUCUCCUAUGUAAGCCGGUCUCAUGUUUUUUCCGCUCAUGACUCUCUCUCUCAGCAUUCCUCUCUCUACUGUGUACCGUCGAUCAGCAAGUUCUCAACCAUGGAUGGCUACCUGCAGCAGAUGGAUAGGCCUCUGGGCUUAGUGCCUCAGUCUGAAAUGUUUGACUCUAUGCCUCGAGCUCAGGUGGUGGGUGAGAAUGUAGCAGGGGUGUGUCUGAUGCAACAGGCUCAUGAAAUCAACAGCAGUCGAGUCGCCAGUAAUGGAGGAGUAGAGAAAUACAAGCCUCAACAGAGAGGGAGUUCAAUGGAUCACAGUCUUUCUCAGGACGCAGACCACAAUGCAGGACUGAAGAAUGGCAGGAGUAGCAGCAGCUGGUCUAAUUCUGCAAUAUGUAUCGAUUCCUCUCCAGAGCCUCUCAUUACAGACAUGGAGGAGGAGGAGGAGGAGGAAGGACGGAGGAGGGCUGACUCAGAGGUUCUCUUUCUCAUCUCAUCUAGAACGGAGGAGCCAGUCCUGAUCCAGGACAACAGGGACCUGUGUUCUCAUAAUAGGGAGUAUAUCAGUCCUCUGGAGGACCCAGUCUCUCCCUCUGUUACCACACUGGAUGACGUAGAGGAUGUGUUCAUUCUGCCUCAGGCCUCCUGCACACCCAGCUUUGAAAAUUAUUUAGCAGACGAGACAGCUGAUACCAGCUUGGAUGAGCUGGAGAGAGGUGGGCCUGGGCUGUCUGCAGUACAGGGGAUAAGGUCUAAUGGUGAUAAUACACCAAUGUUAGAUACCAGCAAGGACUACCAGCAGUCAGGACAUAAACCCAAGGCAGCUUCAGAGUCUAUUGUUGACUUGACCGAAGACGAGAGCACUGUGCCAGAGAUUUUAGAAAAGAAACCCAAGGAGACGGCUGCUUCUCACUUGAAUGGUAAUGCAAAGGCAGAGCAGAGGACUUUUGAGAAGAAAAAACUUCCCCCUCGCUCUGGCAGGGGAACUAGGUUAGAGGCCAUAGUGAUGAACAUAAACCCUAACUGGUAUAAAGUAUCCACUAAGAAGCCCAAGGCCUCAAAGACCCAGACCCAGCCUCCGACAAAUCCCCAGACUCAGAGCAGUCCAUCUAAAGCCAAUGUUAGUCCUAACAAACAUACCUCAUCUGUAGGGAAGAAGAAAGUCCAGAAUAAAGCAGCAUCUAGUUCAGAGGGAGAGACUAAAGUAAAGGCAGCCAGAGUAAAGCCAGACGCAAUGAAAGGCUGUAUGGAUAGCAUUAACAGGAACACAGACAGUUGUAAAGAGUCAACGUCAGAUUCUGAACACACCUGUUUUUCCAAAUACCCACACAAUCACAGCACAUCUCCAAAAACCUCCAGCCCGCCCUUUGCUCCAGUCAAAGAUUCAGAGAAGGAGUCGGAACACAGAGAGUCAGACCCUGAGCCCUCCGAGGUGGAUGUACUGACUGUAUCACGGCCACUUAAAACAUCUCCAAAAAGCCACGGGAAGCAUAAAGCUAAGACUACAUGCAGUGAAGCAGCUUCUCCCACAGCCAAAACCAUGAAGGCAACCCCCGCUCCCAAGAAGAAACGGAAGAAACCUAGACUGGGCCAGUUUUCCUCUAUGUUUUCCCCUCAGGAGCCUGAAAUAAAACUGAAAUACGUCAACUACAAGGAGGAGAAGAGGGAUAUUAGGAGGGACACGUUCUCUCCUUUCAUCCAUAUGGACCUUAAGCCCUCCUCCACCUCCCCCGCCAACUGUACUGUCAUUAACUACCCAGAGGAGGAGAAGCCCAGGCAGAAGAAGGGUCAGGGGCAACAGCAGUCUGGGGGUUUCAUCCCUGGGGCUAUACCCUCCACCUCCUGUCUCCACCUGGGCCGCAUCUCCACCCACAGCCAAUACCACAGCUCCCUGGUCUGCUGCCUCUGUAGAGGCUCGGCUAAUGCCAUGGACCUGGGGGACCUCCACGGCCCCUACUACCCUGAAGGAUACAGACCCAGCACUAAACCCCCUGUUAGCACCCCAGGCCUCAAAGAAGAGGAGGAGGAUUUCAGUGACUCUGACUCCUCCUGCAGCAUGAGAGGCCAGGGCAGAAAGUGUGCUCGGCCCCCAGGGGUCCCCUGGCCCCACAAACCUGGCCCGCGGCUGAACCAGGAUGGCCUGCUGGGGAGGUGGACCAGUGACCCUUCAGGCAGCCCUGCAGCAAAGAGGGCCAGGAUUGAGGCUGGGACUGGGGCUGGGGUUACAUCUGAGGCUGCGGCUGCAGUAGAGGACUGGUACAGCGCCCCUGUGGUGCCUCUAGACCAGUGUGAGUACUGGCUCCACGAGGACUGUAGCAUCUGGUCUGCAGGUGUGUUCCUGGUGAAGGGGAGGGUCUACGGUCUGGAAGAGGCGGUCAAGGUGGCUCAGGAGACGACGUGUUCUCGCUGCGAUAUCCCAGGUGCCACGUUGGGCUGCUUCUUCAAAGGAUGCCCCAACAAGUAUCACUACAGGUGUUCUCUACAGUCAGACUGUGUCCUCAAUGAAGAGAACUUCUCCAUGAAAUGCACCAAGCACAAGAACAAGUCAUUCAAAGGCCCUCCUGGGAGCAGAAGAGACGACAGGUGACACAACCAGGAGACAGACUGACUACACAUGGGGGGUUUCUCCUAUGAGCCCGGUAACCGUGGUGACACUGGAACACUGUCCUCUGAUUGAAAGCUGACUUUCUACUCCUCCUGCUACCUGUAGUGUUGCCUUCAACACGUAAUGCACUGCGCCUCAGACUAAGCAGGAGACCACGGCUGUCCUAAUGUCCUGUUACCUCUGUCCUUCUCAUGGGCUGCUAGAUGGGCUAAUGACCAAACAGAACAGAGGAGUUGGGUGUGGGGCCCAAAGCCAAGAUCACCAUUAGAUAGAAGAGAAAUGUGUUCACGUCGCUUAUGAUGGCAUGCUAAACACGUGCUAUCGCUUUGUAAUUAUUUAUUAGGAAAAAGGAUUCUCCCCUUUUUUAAAAUUUAAAUGUUGACAGUACAAUUGGAGAUAUUUAAUUUUGUAAAGCUUUGUAAGUAUGUGAUUUAUAUAUUGCUUAUUUAUUUUUUGGGAAUCGUGUGGCUUUUGUUUUUACUUUGCAAUUGACCUGGAGGUGUGUUUGUUAUGGAAGGCUGUUUGGGUCGUGUUAUUUGACGGGUCAAAUAGUGUUAUUUAACGUGUAUCUUUUUGACACGCAACAACCCGAACAGACUUCCAUAGUUUGUGUAUCUAAGUUAUUAGUAAGAACCAAUGCUGAAGACUCCACUUGGUAGAGGACGUGAUGGUCGUAUAGGGGUGGUGUAGAGAGAGUGCAGAAUGGUGUAGUAUUUCAACCCCAAGUUUCUGUACAGAACCAUUUCUGAUUACAAUACAGGUACAGUGAGGGGGGAAAAGUAUUUGAUCCCCUGCUGAUUUUGUACGUUUGCCCACUGAC